GUAAUACCUAUAUAGGUUUUGUAGCAAUCGCCGUGAUAUCUUAUCGUUAUCAUUACCGAUAAAAAAAUAUGAUGUGUGUUAAACAGUUUAGAAAGUGAUUUUUUGAAAGUUAUUUCUUUCUUAAGAUCAACAAGUUUGUGAAUUUUAAUUGUGCAAGUUUCGUUUGUGUUACGUCUUCAGAUUGUAGUGAUGGGUGGUAAUAAUUCGAAACGUGGUUCGUACGACUUGGAAAAGUCUGAGAGAAAAGCAACAUCUAAAAAACUGAAAACCGAGAAGGCCAUUUCUUUCAUCAAUCUGACAGAGCAAGAAAUAUAUGAAGAUUUAUUUCCUUUUAGACGAAGAAGUACGAAAAGGAGGAGGAACCUUCACGACGAUGAUCCAAGACCUUACAGCGUCGCAGUUAUGCAAGACAAUUGCUACGAUGACACGGUAUUACCGCAGAAAAGGACGUCCUUGGGGAGUGACAGUGGAAACAUGAAGAUGUUAGAGCGGCGUGAUAUCAAAAGUGAACCAAUCCUGUACAAUGAAAAUUUGCCUGAAGAUGUUCCUCAAGUGCCUCCAAGAGGAAUUACUGUCAAUCAAAACGAAGGUUAUGUUUAUUCAGUUGAAGAUUUUCCACAACAAUUUCAGUAUUCAUUACAUACAAGAUUUAUGGAUACACCAAAUGAACCAAUUCAUACAUUUAUGAGUGAUAGUACUAGCGCGGAAGACAGACAAUACCAUUCAAUACAAGAAAACUCUAAAAGAACUUUAAACAAAGCCAUUUUUCAACCAAGAAGGGCUAGUUGUCCUGACAUCUUGUUGGAAACAUUGGAAAAUAGUUAUUUUCCGAAUAUAACGGAAUACUAUUUCCAAACAGUAUCUCAACGGCAAUCACUCGAAAACCACAACGAAGAAAGAGAAGUAAGUGGAUCGAGUUCAAUUUCGAGUGGCAUGAGCGAAGUGGGGCGUGGACUAGCCAAAAACCACUUUCCUACUAAUACUAAACAAGAACAAAACUUCAUUCACAACGGUAGUGAUGAUAAUUCUCUAACUAAAUUCGAUGUUGUUUUAAAAGAAAACGAAUUAGAUCCCUGCCGUAUAUACGACACGAUAAAAACUUCAGAUGUGCUUCAACCGUACGAAAUUCAACUAAUAAACGAGUGGCUGUCCAAAGCCCAAGCGAAUUGCUAUAUUAACAGGGAAAGCAGGAAGAAAUCGUCAAGCAAUUUGAUAAGUUCACUAUCACAUAACGAAGAAGACUUUUUUACUGCAGCAUCAGAUUCUUUACCGAGUUACACAGGAAGUAGAUCCAAUAAGGUCACAUUCGACGAAAUGGUCACGAAACGGGUAUACGCUGAGUCUAGCGGAAGUGACGAAGGUGACGGAACCAAACGAAAUCCAGUGCCACGACGAAACUCUGAUACGUCAUCUUUAACAUCCUCGGAUGCUGAAAGUGUUAAAUUCUCAUUAGGUUACAGAUACAGGGAUGAAAAAGGGGCAAUUUAUAGCGAAGAUGGAUACAGAAGUUCCGAAGAGAAUUCGGAAGAUUCCGAAGAGGACAAGAUCAAGAUGAGAGACCAGCAACUUAAGUUGCUCAUGUCUAAUCCGAUUAUUUCCGCCGAGUCGAUUGAGCAACUUAGAAGCAAUUAUCAUGCAACAAUGAGCGAACAGAAAGAUCUUCACGUUAUCUCAGAAACGGAAGAGGAGGAAGAUGAAGAGAACUUCUAUGAUGCAUUGGACCAGGAACGUAACAAGGAGUUAAUUGAAUUUAUUGAACAAUAUCCAUCACUAAACGGUUCAUCUGACGGAAACUGUUUGGAUAGAUUUAAUGGAGAUAGUAAAGAAAAUGAUUAUUUAGACCCUGUAGUUCAAAGCUCGUUCGCAGAAUUUGAGACUCUGUGUCAAACUGAAAAGCUAUGUUUUGAUGUACAAUGUGAAUGGGACGAUAGUAAUCUAAAAGAGGAGAUGCAACCGAUAUUCAACGAAAAUGAUGAUAACAAUUUACUUGAAUUGGGAAGAAAAGAUGAACACAAUCCAAAAAUUUCAAGACGUAACGAAGAAAAACAAAAUGAAGGGUUUGAAUCAGACGAAAGCAACCAAAACAAUGGAACACAUUUGGCAAAACGAACAAAAAUUGUUGAAGAAUUGGAACCAGUCUACCAUAUUCCGUAUGAAACUAAAUCACUUGAGCAUUUUGUCCCAAACGAUAACAUAGACACCCAUUUAGGCAAUGGAAGUAGUUGGAAUUUUGUUGAAAAAGACAAUGUAAACUUUGACCCUAUAAUUAAAAAGGAAACAGAAGGUGAACCGUAUAGUAACGAUUUACAACCGCAAGGGGAAGAAGAUCUAUAUCGCAAUUAUGAGUACAUUAACCGUUUGAUGAAUAAAGCCAAACAGACCGAAGAGCUCACAUCAGCCAACGACUUAAAAGAUAAUAAUUCAGAAGAAGAAAAUGAUAAACUACUUGGUACAGGAUAUACGAUUGAUGAAGCAGAUUCAGGCCAAAUAUUAUAUUGUAAACAAGAAGAAACAUACGAACCCAAAGUCUUUAAAAAUGAUAACGUCGUCUACCCAGUUCCCGACCAAACACACCAACUAGAAGAAAUUGUUCCGUACAAUAGUGAAAAUUUUGAUUUUGAGCAGAGUAUCAAAUACGAAUUUAUUCACAGUCAGCAACUUAUAUAUCCAGUUAAGAUCAAAGAUGACCAUGUCGAUGACAAAACAUCAAAUACAAAAUACAGAGUUACUUCAUACGAUCCUAAUAUGACUGACGUAGACGACAUGAAAAUCUUGAAGCCAUUCGAUGAAAAAUCAAUUGGACUUCUACCCAAUGAGGCUGACCUUCAAUUAAGGACAUCUGAAGGAUUUUCAAGCUUGGACGACAAUAGUGAACGAUUGGGAGCAAAUGAUGAACAAAAUCUUCAAUAUUUAGAAGACAAACCACUAAGAACAAACACUACAAAUGAUGAACAAGACGUGAAUGUCUUCAAACCUGAAUUGCAAGAAGGAAAUAAAUUUUCCCACAGGAAAUUCACCAAUCCUUUUCUUAACGAUCAGAUAAAUAUAGAGCAUCAAAUGGAAAAGAAAUCGAUUGAUGAAGUGCAACAGUCUUCAGUUAUUGCUCCCGUACCAAAACCCAGAAAGAAUCCGCCAAAAUCGAACAAUUUUGACAGGGUUAAUAAUGAUGGCUUACAAGGUGUUAAAAAGUCAUCCCAAAAUAAUUUUAAUAAUAUGGAGUCUCAAUCAGCACAUUCACAAAAUACCUCAAACCCGGAAAUUUACCAUUGGGUUUUGGCGAAACCUAACCUAAAUGACAACGGAGAUGAUGGAGCUGAAUUGUCAUACAUACUAAAUAAAGGUUAUAUCAGAAAUCAACCACCACAAACACAAAGUGGAGACAAUAUUUGGAUUAACAGUCAAAGCACUAAUCUGGAUGAGGUUCAAAGUUACUAUAAUGAUGAAGAUGUAUUGUCUACAUCCGGAAAUACUUCAAGAAUACCAGAUGAUAAAGGAAAUCUAAUAGAAAUGGAUAUUUUAUCAAAAGAAGAACCUACCAGGAGCAGCCUUCAAAGUGACUUCUCAAUGAUAUCCUUUGGUGAUUUGGAUAUGGAUAGAAAAUCCAAAGGCGAUAGUUUGAUUGAUGGUGAAGGGGACUCUGUUACCAAUGUAUUCCAAGAAACUCAAACAGACAAAGGAAUGCUACUUGAUGAAACCACUUUUGUGAGAAAGCAGAAUAAAAAUCAUGAACAAAAAGAAGAUCUUUCUACCAUACAAGACAUCAAGCAAAAGGAAAUCGAGUACAGACAUACGCUUCCCAAUAAUUAUCCAGCGAAAGCGACUCAAGUAAGUUUAAAUUAUGAUACUUUACGAAAAGGAACAUAUGAUGGUGAUGAUACAAAACAAGGAAAAUCGGGUAAUCAAUCGAGUAUUAAAGAAGAGGCUUCAGAUGAUGAAAUGUAUUAUAACAAAGGGCUCAAUUUUAAUGAAGCACUUAAAAUUCAGCCAGAUAAUUCUUUAAUUGAUUUAGAUGGUACAGAAUGUUUAAAAAAUGAAGUAAUUUCUGACACUUUUGAUAAAAACGAAUAUCUUCACAUUGAUAGUAAUGAAGAAAGCAACAUAGAUAAUGCUAAUGUACAGCCGAUAACAUUUGAAUGGUUUCCUGAUAAAUCAAAUGAAUAUCUCAGAAAGCCAUUGCAAGCUUAUUGUGAAAUUCAAAAGUUGCCUGUAAUAAGAAAUGUUAAUACAUCUGUUAUUUACUACGAACAGUUCCAAUGUCCAACUGUAACUGAGAAAAAAGACGAAGAAAAGGAAGAAGAAGUAUCUUAUCAAGGGAAUAUAAGUUUUAAGAAGGAAUAUGCUGAAAUCAUGAGUAACAAAAACAACGAAGUAGAUUUAAGAAAUUCGUUAGUAUUACAAGAACAUACGGAUUUAGAAAAUAUACAGUCCAAUGUUUAUCCUGUCCAUACUUUGGAGGAUCAAGACCAAGACGCAUCCCGUCUAAAUCCGCACUUCAUACAAAUACCAACGGAACAUUUUUCGAAAGGUAAUAGCGAAUCACAGCAAGAAACUACAGUAAACAAGUUAGAUGCACCUGCUGAUAUAUUUCCUGUUUGCAUAAAAUUAGAUUCAUCUAAAACUUCAGAAGAAGAAAACGUACUCGAUGAAGUAGCUGAACAAUCAGAGGAAAGUAUUAAAGAAACAUUUCAAGACUAUUCUGACAAUUUCAAUGAAUUAAAUGAGUUAUCUCCCAAUAAGGAAAGUAUUUUUAAUACUGUAAGUCACAUUUCUAUACCAAAGCGUGAUUUAGUAACAAAAUCAUUCCAAGAUAAUGUCCUCGACAAAACCUUUGUGGAUUAUAGUAAAACUCAUCAUCAGGAAAUGUCAGAGAAUCUAAUAACCGAGUCGAGGAAUUAUGACAAAAUAUCUACAGAGGAUUUUAAGGAGACGAAACCGAUACAAAACCAAGAAAGUACUGAUGUAGAUAUUGAUAUCGAUAAUUCAUCACUCACCAAAUUUGCAACAACUGAGGCCGAUGAAAUGCAACAAAAGAUUCUAGACUGCCCGUCCAUCCUCCGUAUAUCUGACACAGAAAAAACUCAAAAACGUUUCAAUCGUUUAAAUCCUGUCGAAACGGAUGAAAGUAGAACUAGUAAACGAGACACCCCAGAUAAUAUAACUGAAAAUAAAGAUAGAGUAACUCCCCGAAGAACAUUGAGUCAAAUAUUCAGAAAUCGUCAGCAACAUGUUAGACCAAAAUCUGCUAUGGAAACGGUGAGGAACGAGGAAUUAAAUUCAUCUAGUAGAAGGACGAAGUCUAAUCCAGAAGAAAAAUCAGAAACCUCAAAAAAUCCCAACAACCAAACAUCAGACACUUAUCUAAGGGGUUUAUUUUCUAAAAUAUCAAACACAAAAGCGCUCAAUACAUUUGAAAAAUCUUCUGCAAAUAUUACACCAGUUAAUCGAAAAUAUAUGUCGAAACCUGAAGGAACAAUUUCUAGAUUAGAUAACGACGAUUAUAACUUUAUAAAUUCUAAAACAGAACAAACUGUUUUAGAAGACUAUCCAGAAAAUGUUAGUCAUGAAGCCGUUGAUAAUCCUUUACAUGGAACUUCUAUUGAAAGGAAAACUUAUACACUCGAUAAUUUUCGAGAAAACUCCAUUGUGAAGGAAGAAUCAGAUGAAGAAUUAGAACUGGAGAAAAUAUUUCAAGAUUUGGAUUUUAUUUCAGAGAGAAUUAAAAGUGUGAAUGAAACAGACAAUAAUGUUAAUGUGGAUGAUCUGUAUAUAGAACUACUAAGGAUGCGAGUAGCUGUACAUAAAAUACAAAGAAAGAACUUUAAUUACAAUCUGAUGAGCAUGCAGCGGGAGGCGCUACAAAUUAUCAGAUCUCUAUUGAAGGAUAUAGAAUAUGCUAAACGGAGAUAACACUUAUUGCACUUGGUAAGAUUAAGAUAUAUAUAUAUGCCAUCCAUUAAAAGGAUUAAGACCAAUACAAAGACUGGGAUAGUCUUCGUCCUGAUCUUGCUUUGGUCGUCACUGAAGUUUACAUAAACAUAGCAAAAUAGAUACAAAAAUAAACCAAGCAAUAGAAAAUAGUUUUUUGUCAAACAGCAUUUAAAAUUAUCUGCAUCUGUAGCCCUUUGUGUUCUUUCGUUUAAUUAGUUUGUAAAUAUGUGUAUUAUAGUUUUUAUAUGAACUAAUGGAAACUUAGAUAUAAGUAAUACUAUAAUAAUCAUCUACACGUGUAAAUAGUGUUUGUUUGUGAACGAA